AUGAGGCUAUCACUACCUCUUGUUAUUGCGUGUGCAGUACUCUAUACAUCCAUUGACGCACGCCCCAUUCGACAAGAAUCCUCUGCGUUAUUAAUAGACGAGACUGACUUUUCCGAAGACGAUAUCGAUGGCCGUUCAUCCGAAGAGACUCUCAACGACAUUGACGACGAUCAGGACAUUUCGAACGCCGCAUCGCCCGCCUCGGGAGUCCAGGUCGACCGCUUUGCGCAAAUGAUUGCUACGCAUUGGCAGUUCGACCACCUCGAUACCAUAAAAACCAACAGCUACGAUCACAUUGCCUCACAAAUGCGCGAACACGUCGAGAUAACGAUGCAUCCAAUGACGACAACGACAACGACAACGACAACUACUACGACUACGACUACAACGAGUAUACCAUCGGAUAACCAAGCACAGCAGCAAAUUCCAAUUCUGCAAUCCGGUGCGUACGAUGUAAUGGACCUCGACAUUCUCAAAGCCCAGAUUUUUGGAGCCAUUCAGGCACAUAUUGGAGGUCGAUUGCCCCUAGUAUGGGACCAAUUAGGCGAUAAGUUGGGAAAACAAGCCAUUGAAACCUAUGUUCGUCGGCUCGUACUCAACCAUUGCGGCGAAGAAGACCUAGACGACAGCAGCGCAGACCAUGUGGACCGCAAUUGCCUUGUCGAGCAUGGCGACCAGCUUUUGGCAGAAAUUGAUCGCUAUGUGGUGCGGCAUCUCGCCAAUGUCUUUGAUAUCAUGAACGCCGAAUUCCUGCCACAUCUUCUGCAGCAUACCGCCAAAGACCUUGGACAGGUGCUUGAUUACUUCAAUACGGCGUUUCUGAAGGACGACAUGCAGCUGUCUCUACGGGUCUUGCCAUGGAAACACGCCGAGCAACGAUCGCAUUUACACGAUUUUGCUGCGUUGGCACGCAACAGUCCGGACCACGCCUCGGAUAUCGUCGACUACUACGCAAACCUCGCCCGUAUCUAA